AAGAAACUCACGGUCAACCUCCGCCCGAGUUCGCAAAAACCUGGAGGUGCAUGACGUACCUUUAGCUGGAGCUUUCGUCCGCAACUUCUAGCCCAUAGCUACACAAUGAAGGAACGGCGGCACACCUUGUGUAGCAAUCCUAUUAUCUUUUGAUUCGUGAGCUUUCGGUCGGGAAACUUCAGCCUUCUGACAACAACAGCGACAAUGCCUCUUAUUUCGUCCACAAGUGCUCUAGGCGACAAGCCUCGCGUCAUCUUGGGUCUGAUGACUUUUGGCCCACCAGGUACAGAGAGCAAAGGCGCUCGCAUUACAGGCCUGGAUGAUUUCAACAAGAACCUCGACUUUUUCCAACAAUCCGGCUAUAGCGAAGUCGACACAGCUCGCGUGUAUAUCUCUGGAGAGCAGGAGGCAUUGACUCGUCAAGCCAGAUGGCAGGAACGUGGACUAGCUCUCGCAACAAAGUGUUUCCCGCUUGCUCCUGGAGACCAUAAGCCGGAGAAGCUUAAGGCUACACUCAACCAUUCGCUAGCAGAGCUGGGAGCAAAGAGUGUUGAUAUUUUCUACUUGCACGCACCUGAUCGGAGUGUGCCAUUCGCUGAGACUCUCGAGGCGUGCAAUGACCUCUUCAAGGAGGGCAAAUUUGUGCAAUUAGGCUUGUCAAACUAUGCUGCGUGGGAGGUGGCUGAGAUUUGGAACAUUGCAAAUGAGCGCGGCUGGGUCAAGCCGACAAUCUAUCAGGGCAUGUACAAUGCCAUCACUCGAGACCUUGAAAAUGAAUUAGUUCCGUGCUGCCGGAAAUACAGCAUCGAUAUCGUAGUGUACAAUCCGUUGGCUGGCGGCUUAUUCAGCGGCAAAUACAAGAACAAGGAUGUUCCCAACGAAGGCCGUUUUGGAACCACCAGCUCGGAAACGGGAAACAGAUAUCGCGAGCGGUACUUCCGAGAUAGCUUGUUUGACGCCUUGAAAAGCAUUGAACCCGUGACGCAGAAAUACAAUCUGACACUCAUCGAGACCGCUUUACGAUGGAUUGUCCAUCACAGUGUCCUAAAAGUGUUCGCGAAGGAUGGUGGCCACGACGGGAUUAUCAUUGGCGUGAGCAGCCUUGAGCAGCUCGAGGCCAAUCUUGCUGAUCUUGAGAAAGGUCCGCUUCCAGAUGAGGUUGUGCAGAUCCUAGAUCAAGCUUGGGACAGGAUCAAAUACCAGGGACCUCCGUAUUGGAGAUGAGAAAUGGCACUCUUGUCAUGCUCUGUACGCUAUACUAAAACUCUACUAAUCCAUAUUCAUUCUUUACUUCACGAAUCAGAAUCUUUCCUGACCGAGCCAUCGAUCUUUGCUGGCUCCAGUCGGAAGACGAUUGCUAUUAUCAUUUAGGCACUUGUGAACAUUACCUAUGGAGUUCUCAAAGCCAUUUUUAUUUUGGUACAACGUCAUUGUUUUGGAAUGUGAAAAUAUGAAAUGCAUAAUGGAGUACAGGAGGGAAGCGGAGGGACUUAAAAAAGUGGAACACGAUUGAGGAUGGCUACUCGAUGAGGCAUUGAAGGACAAGCAGGCCUUGCGGAGAAGAUGGC